UUUCUGAACUCCUCAGAAAAAGUCUUCCUUCCUUUUCAAAUAUAAGCACAUUACAGUUUCCCCUACAGAUGGAUUCAAUUCACAACAUACUUCUUCUCCUUCGUUGUCUUCUUCUCUUCUUGGCUUUAGAAAAUGCAAAAGAACUCUCAUCACUACAAGCAAGUUGGAGAAAGGCUACAAGGGAUUCCGGCAAGGCCGCCACUCAGUACUGGAAACAAGGCUGAGGGAAUUAGUAACCAUCGUGGUCUUAGGCACGGUUAUAUGGUAUCGUCUCCGAGGACCAGACUGGCGUGUACGUGCGGGAAUAGGCCUGGGUUGAACCGGUGUAACCGCCAUGGUUUUGCCGUGCCCGGCGGGGAAAAAUGGAGGAAAAACUAUGCAAACAAGGAGAUAUUGAGGAGAGCACUUAGGACUGCACCGGCUCGAGGCUUAAGUCUUCGGUGGUGGAACUUUCAACCUACCCCUAGUCGGCUCUCUAACAUGUCUAUGGCUGAGAGGAGCUAGCUGCCUUUCUUCUUCUUUCUUUCCUUCUUUUUUUUCUCUCUUUUCUUUUAAUGAUUUUGUACUAGACCAGAUUUGGAUUGCUAUUUCUCUUGUUAGUCUUCUUUAGGAAACCAUGCACCGAUCAUGUACUAGUAACUUAAUUUGAAGAAAGAUGUACUCAUGGUUUUUGAACUCUUUUAGUGAGCAAAUGAUUCGGCGCC